AUGAGCAGCACCCAGACCGCCGCCGCGGCGCCGCGCGCCAAGCGUGCGCUGCCGCCGGGCGUCGCCGCGUUCGACGUCGCCGUGCCCUCGCUCCUCGACGGCUGGCCGCUCGGCGCAAAGCUCUACACGCCGCCCGCUGCGGCGGCGCGCGGUGCUGGCAAGGGCGCUGUGUGCAUCGCGCCCGCAACGGGUGUGCCGGGCAAGUUCUACGGCGCCUUUGCUGCAGCGCUGGCUGCGUCGGGCCACACCGUCAUCACCUUCGACCCACGCCUCAACGGCGCCUCCUACCCGGCGCCCGACGCGCCCGAGCAGUUCCCCAGCGAGCCGCACGACUCGCAGGCGUUUGCGCAGGAGGAUCGUAUUCGCUGCCUGCGGGCCUGGCCGCAGGUCGGCUGGAUGCACUACGCGGCCGACGUGGCCUCUGCCAUGCUGCGGCUGGCGCAAGAGGCGCCGAGUGCGCCGAUGUACUACAUCGGCAACUCGCUCGGCGCGCACAUGCUGCCGCCUGCACUGGCCUAUCUGCGCGCCGAGAAGCGCCAUGGCGGCGCAGAGGCAGCAGAGCGGCUGAAACGGGCACUCUUCGUGGGCGGCAACUCGCCGCACUUUGGCUACAACGAGGACCCGGCGGCGCUGGUGCACGUGUACGAGGCGACGCUCGACGACGUCGUCGCCGAGGGCUACGGCGUCACGAGCCGCGUCGGGCUGGGCCUCGACAUUCCGCGCCGGGCGCUCGAGGACUGGAUGACGAAUGCAGUGCACCCAAAUUACAUCGGCGCCGUGCCGGCCCACCAGCCGGCGUUUGAGACGUACGACAUCGACACGCUGCACGUCGUCUUCUCCGACGACAACCUGGCCGUCGGGCCCCGCAAGAUUGAUGCGUAUGCCCGCAUCCUCGGGUAUCCGACCAACAUCGAGAGCACCAACGAGAUGACGUACUGGCAGGGCGAGGGCGAGACGCCCGACUACUCGGGCGCCAGUGCUUUCGCGCGCGGCGAUCCGCCGGAUGCCUCGGACACCGGACGCCAGCCCAACGCCUUCAUCAACACUCGUCUGCACGUCGAUGUCUGGGCCAACGGCUGGGUGCGCGGCUCGCCAUCUGCCUCCUCUGGCGAUCCGGACACACGGCCGCCCGUCGUGGGGCACGUCGACUUUGUGCGCGCUGCCGUGGGUGCGCCGGAGAGCAAGAGCGCAGAGAGCUGGACGCUGCUCACCACAUGGCUCGAGCACGGCACGGUGCCGGAGCGCCACGACGAGGUGCUGCAGGGCAACGGACGGAGGAGGGACUUUGGCGCGGCCCCUCCGGCACCCGGCUGGCAUUCAGAAGCGCGGAGCCCGACACGAAGCAAGCUGUAGAGCAACUGAUCUUCUAUUGCAAGGCGGAUGCUGCGAACACGGAGCACCGAGGGUGGCAGAUGUAUUAUAGAGGGCAUGGGGGUGACGUAGCAUGGCAAUGCGGAAGUAGAGAG